AUGAAUUACAACAACUACAAUAUGGCCAUUGUCGAAACAUAUGCAGUCCACCUGGUAGGAUGGCCCCAGGCUGUCAAAUUUAUCAAUCCUUCAAGCAUUGGGACUGUCAGCAAAAUCCGCAAGCUCCAUGAUACGCUGAGGGCCAAGACAUGUUACUGGAGUGCUCUGACCCCAGCAGAGGUCAAGGCUCAUACUGCUGCACUCAAUGUGCGCCGUUUGGCAGGGGAAGUCAUU